UUCAGUGUCCUCAAGUUACAAUGUGGUGCAUGUUGUUUUUAUUGACGUUAAUUUAUAUAAUUAACGGUACACAUUCUUUGCAAUGUAUGGACGAAAAUAAUCAACCAGUUGACUGGUUUACAGCUUAUAAACUACCGAAAUUAAAGCAUGAAAAUGGUUUAAUAAACGAAGGAAAUGCUUAUUUGUAUAUGACAUCUCUUAACAAUUCCAAAUGGAUAUAUUCAAAUAUUUCAAUAAAUUCUUCAAAUUCUUUAAUUGGCAAUUCUAUAGCAAGUUUAUAUUCAACUAAUGAAGAUAUUUUUCAUCUACUUUACAAUGAUGAAACACCAAGUGGCACAACAAAUGGAGAUAAAGGGCACACUAAAGGAGUGGUUUUGUCAGACAAGCAAAGUGGUAUAUGGCUUGUGCAUUCAACACCGCAUUUUCCUGCGGAUAAUGAUUAUUACUUUCCGAAAACAGGAACAACUUAUGGUCAGAGUUUCCUUUGUUUAACAUUAAACAUGGAAAAUUUAAACGAAGUUGGACGCCAGUUAAAGUAUAAUGAACCAAACAUAUAUUCAGUUAAUGUUCCGAAAUCUUUGAUAGAACUUAUUCCUGAAUUGUUUGACGUGGCGAAUAAUAAAACUGUUAAGUCUUCACCAUGGUAUAGAAAAACAAUUAUUCAAACAAAAGGAAAUCAACAAUUUGUAUCGUUUGCCAAAUCCAAAUAUUUUGGAAAAGAUUUGUAUUCAGCCUGGGUUGCUCCUACUCUUCAAACUGACAUGUUUGUUGAAACAUGGAGGAAGGGUCCUGGAAAUUUACCAUCUAAUUGUGGAACCAAAUAUAAAAUUAAUAACGUUGAGGAAAUAAACUUAAUGAAUGUAACUUUUUCAACAACCGACGAUCAUUCGAAAUGGGCAGUUUCUGAAAGUUUAGAUUUUUCUCAGUGGAUCUGUAUAGGAGACAUAAACAGACAGGAACAUCAGCUAAAAAGAGGUGGUGGAACAGUGUGCAUCAACAACAAAAACUUAUCAACAAACUACUUAAAAUCUAUCAUUAAAUCAGAAGAUUGUCAAUAGAUUAUAU